AUGGUCACGCUGCUGGUGCUGCCGCUGCCCUCUCUAGAGACCUGCUUACCCCUCUUUUCUAACCUGGGCAGACGUCCGACCGGCCAUUGCGCCAAAAUUGUUGUCUCUGUUGUCUCUCCCGACUCUCUCCCGACGCUUUCUCUCUCCCUCUCUCCCUCUCUUCUCUCUCUCUCUCUCUGUGUGUGUUCCAUAGCCACACCCACGCCCACCAUCAACACCACGUUCGCGCCCGCAUUCUGUGACCUCUACAAGCCGCUCACCACAACUCAAUCGCUACAUCGGUCGCGCAAUGCAGUACGUCUAGCCUCGUCUGCGGCGGCCACAUUCCCCGUUCCGGUCGCGCUCGUCCGCCUGCUCUUGCCGCGCCGUUGCCAUCAGUCCUCUGUUGACACCGACCACCGACCACCACCCUCCAACCCACGCUUCUCCCACCGCCACAACAAUCCGCCUGAGGGCGAACGGCCCCCACACAAACACUGCGGCUCCGCCAUGGCCGAUCAGACAAAGCCUGCAACCUUGGCUCCGCCAGCCGUCACUGCUCUGCGGCAGGAAGCCGUGGGCACGCCUGGUAACCGCGUCAACAUGGAGCGUACCGUCAGCCAGGACAUGCGCGAGGAGCGUCAAGAUCUCAAGGAGGCUGCUGAACACAGCCUGAACAUCAUCAUGGACCUCGACCUGCAGGGCAAGAUCCGCUACGUAAGUCCGUCGUGGAAGGACGUCAUCGGCUCUCUGCCCGAUCAAGUCAUAGGGCAGCCGGUGCUCGACAUCAUCUACGCUGGUGCCGACGCCUUCGCCGAGACCAUCGAGUCGGUUCGCAAGUACGACUCACGCAGCCACAUUGUCCGCUUCUCUGUCCGCCUCGGCCAGCACUCCAUCUUGCACAAGCGGCGGUCGAAGCCAACGGCACUCGAGGCCGAAGAGGCUUCGUCACUAUCGCCCACCUUAGCUGCCGAAGAAGAGGAGCAGCUCCUGAACCUAGAGGCACAGGGUAUCAUGGUGUACGAUCGUACCACGGGGGAAGAGAGCCAUACAAUGUGGAUGGUUCGACCCUCCAUACUUCGUGAAGUGACGAUUGAUUUGCCCGAAUUUCUGGUCGAAUCGCUGGGAGUGGGUGCAGAGGUUCUAGCUCACUAUCUGACGGGCCUCGCCGAGCAAGGAGCCAACGACCCUAGGAACCAUCCGCCACCACUCCCCGUCCUCUGUCGCAUCUGCGAGCGGCAGAUCACGCCGUGGUGGUUCGAAAAGCAUUCUGAGCUUUGUCUUCAGGAACAUCGUGCCGAGAUGGACGUGCAGAUGGCUCAAGAGACCCUCGCCGAACACCGCAAUGCCAUCGUCAGGGUGCUGGACACGCUCGAAGCACACAGUCAGCGGUCUCGUGCUGCCUCGAUGGAUCCUGUCCAACCCCUUAUGCCGGCUGAAUAUAAGGGACUGAUAAUCCACUCCUCAUCCACCCCUUCAUCAGGCACACCAUCUGGACGCAACUCGCCUGCUUCUCCUCCUUCAAGAUCUCGAGAGCGGACCGAGCGAUCUACGGGCUUUGGUCAUCAUCGUGCACGUUCCUUCGCUGUGCGUCGGCCCUUGGCUCGAAUCGUGGAGCUGGUUCUCGAUUUGUGUGAUACUGCACUUGAGAUCAACACGCCUGCCAUCAAAGAUACUGCUCGCGGACAGUCCGCAGCUGAGAUUCGUACGCAGUCCCCCCAGUCGGAGAAUCGUAUCUCGCAGGUCUUGCAGUGGCAAUCUCCGACAUCAGGCUCAUCCGAUCAUACUGAAGGCCUAAAGCUGCUCUGUGAAGAUACCAAUAGAUUGGCCAAGGCCAAGAUCGAUGCUGUUACACGCCACAGACGGGUUCUAGAGUACUCUGAGCGUCUCCGUGUAGAAUUUGACAUUUUGGUCCAAGAGUGCAUCGAAGCCGCAAUAGUCAAGGCUGCGCGCAUUGCGGCUGGUGAGGACAGCUCGUCUGAAGAGGAGCCAGUUGUAGAGGAGCCCCCAUCGGACUCGAAUGACAUUUCUACUGCAGAAGAAGGCAUCUUCCCAGGUUCAUUCGACGCCCCGUCGGCCAUAGCCCAGGCUCUACGCAACAAUGCCUCCGACUUCUCGCUUCCUGCGCGUGUAGGUCGUCGAGAGUCGUCAGUUGCUGGCUCGAAUCGUUCCAGCAGUCCCAAAGGAGGUUGCCAAACCCCCAAAACCCAUGCAGGCGCCAUUAAUGUUGUCAACCAGAACAAGCGCCACUCUAUGCAUUUCGAGAGUGAUGCUGGUGCUGAAAGCGACACGAGCAUGCAUUCCUCUGUACUGUCUGGCCCACGACGAGCGGACUCACCGGCGGCAUCGGACGUUGGACUGAGCAGAGUUGCAAGUUCACGAGAAAGGAAGCGUAAGAGUCUCAUCCUUCCAAGCGUUCUGUCAAGCCGACAGCAGUCCCCCGCUCGUACGAUGGUUCCACCGCCGUCUUCACCGCUAAGGACCACCAAGCCACGUCUUCCCAGUGGUGUAGAAGCGCUGCAGUCACCCAUCAAUUCGCCAGUCUUGACGACAACUGAAUUUUCUUCGCCAGCUAUCUCGCACGCUCUCAACCAUCAUCAUCAUCAUCAUCGCAGGCAGUCAUCGACGGCAGGAUCAGAUGGUCCAAGACCAGUUUCGCCCCGACUCAUACCUACCACUCAACCACAAGCUCGCGCUGUUCCUCCCUCCAUCAAAGACUUCGAAAUUAUUAAACCGAUCAGUAAAGGUGCCUUUGGUAGUGUUUACCUUGCCAAAAAGAAGUCUACCGGAGAAUACUAUGCCAUCAAGGUCUUAAAGAAGGCGGACAUGGUUGCAAAGAAUCAAGUCACCAACGUGAAGGCCGAAAGAGCUAUUAUGAUGUGGCAAGGCGAGAGCGACUUCGUAGCGAAGUUAUACUGGACGUUCUCGAGCAAGGACUAUCUCUAUCUCGUCAUGGAGUAUCUUAAUGGCGGUGAUUGCGCCUCUUUGAUCAAGGUUCUCGGCGCUUUACCUGAAGAUUGGGCCAAGAAAUAUUUGGCUGAGGUGGUCCUUGGUGUCGAACAUCUUCACAGUCGAAACAUCGUCCAUCGUGACUUGAAACCGGACAACCUCCUCAUUGAUGGCAAGGGCCAUUUGAAAUUGACUGACUUUGGCUUGUCUCGUAUGGGCAUGAUUGGCCGUCAGAAGCGCGCUCUUAAGUCUGCAGAUCAAGCUCCAGAUCUGUUGAAGACCGGUCCGUUCCAUCGAGCAACUUCCAUGGGCUCAUCACGAUCUGCUUCGUUUGACCUCAAUCCAUCGCCAUCUCAGACACCACACAUGACGCCUGCUUUAGCUGGAGACAUUGGGCAGCCAUCUUAUUUCAGCCUCAAUCGAGAAAGCUCACAAGGUCGCAAUCCCUCGAGACGAACAUCUGGUAAGAGCGAAAGUCAAGACAGCGAUGCGCUUCAGGCAAUGCUCCGUCGCUUCUCUAUCGACGACUCUGCCGGUCCACCACGUGCACGGUCGCCUAUUGAGGAAGAAGCAUAUAGUGACGAUGGCUCCCCCGACUUGGACCCAGCACCCCAAUCUAUGAGCUCCUCUGCCCUUGCUCAAAACAGCACUCCGCCAGCUACUUCGACAAUGCCACCUCCGCCAAUGGCUUUGUUCGACCCAGAAGACAACAAUCGCAAAUUUGUCGGUACCCCAGAUUACCUUGCACCCGAGACGAUUGCUGGAAAUGGCCAGGAUGAGGUCAGCGAUUGGUGGUCGUUGGGAUGUAUUUUGUUCGAGUGUCUAUACGGCUACCCUCCUUUUCACGCUGACACACCAGACGAGGUAUUUCAGAACAUCUUGGAGCGUAAAAUUGACUGGCCUGAGGACGAUGAUGAGCUCUAUGAUAUCUCAGAUGAUGCCAAAGACUUGAUGAAUAGGCUCAUGUGUUCUGAUCCCACUCAACGUCUUGGAGCCAACAAGGAUGAAAAGUACGCGAGUGGGGGCGAGGAAAUCAAGCAUCACCCUUGGUUCGCCGGAGUCAACUGGGAUGAUAUACGUGACCACGAAGCCUCUUUCAUUCCAGCGCCGGAGAAUCCGGAAGAUACGGAAUAUUUUGACGCACGAGGAGCUGCUAUGGCCAAUUUCACCCCAGAGUUUGAAGACCAAACCACCUCGUCCGCAGGCACGCCCAGCGCUGACUACCCAGACCGUCCACAUGAUGCGCUUUCUAGAGUGCGUUCGCAGGUUACCGUUUCAACCAUGAAACGAGGUCUAAUACCUCUUCACAUUCCAGCCCACGUGCGUGAGGGCAGAACACGAAGGCUGAGUGAGCCGAUGGCCGCGGACGACUUUGGUAACUUUAGUUACAAAAAUUUGCCUGUGCUCGAAAAGGCGAACAAAGACGUCAUCCAAAAGCUGCGUGCAGAGGCCAUGCUUCCACAGAAUAAGCCCGGUCCUGCGGUGCAAUCCCCCAAUGUCACAUCACCAUCCCUGGAGAACAGUCCAAUGUUGCCAGGACCUCUUAAGCGUACACUCUCAACGAACAGAGCUAGUGGAAGGCCAUCUUCGCCCUCUGUUAGUGGACCUCACUCGUCACCAAGCCGUGGCUCACAGCCCUCAUCACCUCUGCUAGUCCAGUUCAGCACAGGGCAACACCAUGACCGCCGCAAGACUUCGAGCAGCUCAAGCACGCUUUCACAUUCGACUAGUAAUCCGUCCUCGUUGCAGCCUGGCAGCUUCUUUGAUACUUCGCGACCUUCUGGCUUGAGACCAUCAUCAGAAGCUGUCUCGCCCAUCAAGUUCGCGAAAACGCCGUCAGGGCCGGCUACUGCACCUCCUGAGAAACUUGUCCCUGGCCAGAAACAGACAUCUGUGGGCCAGAUGAGUGCUUCCUCACCACGUGCCCGGUCUCAGACUCUGGGCUCUCAAGAGGACGAUGUUGUGCGUGAUCUGCUGCCUGGGCAUUACAAACGGCGUAGUCAAGUGCUAGAUGUCUCUCCUUCAUCGUCUGAUACAGAGGAUUCUAGAGCGAAAGCCCUUCUUCGGGUCCAACGGCGCCGGCAGAGUUCUCGUCGACUGUCACAGAUUAGCUUCGGGGACGGACCAUUCUUCAGACCAUUGGACGUGUUGAUUUGCGAAGACCAUCCAGUCUCACGUCUGGUUAUGGAGAAGCUUCUUGAAAAAUUGCGCUGCCGCACACUGACGGUCACGAAUGGCUCGGAAGCUGUUCGUUAUGCAAUGGGUGAAGUCAAGUUCGACGUCAUCAUGAUGGAGUUCCGACUGCCACAAGUCAAUGGUGCAGAUGUCGCUCGCAUGAUCCGAGACACAAAAAAUGCCAACACCCACACUCCCAUCGUCGCAGUUACAGGGUAUUUGAAGGAGCUCCAGGCCCCACAUUACUUUGAUGCACUCAUUGAGAAACCUCCAACGAUCGCCAAGCUUACAGAUACCUUGGGGAGAUUGUGUCAGUGGAAAGCACCUCCACCAGGAUGGACGCCAAACCAAAUGUUUCCGUCUAUACUGCCCUCAUCCGGGCUUCGACAGGAAUCGACACGCCAGGAGGACAGCCCCACAUCAAACUCUUCCAGCUUCCCUCCAGUGCCCUCUGGUAGCUAUCGAGGGUCCAGCCGCGAGGACUCUAUCAGCUCUAGCUUCUUCGGCGAUACUGAUAGUCGCGCAGGCGAGGAUAUGCCUGUUCUCAUAGCUUGCCAUAACGCCGACGAUUGGCGCGAGCGUGAUAUCGCAAGAGCUAUGGGUGGCCUGGGAAUUACAGACGAUGCAGGUAAUCGGGAUCCUAAGACGGCGGUGCACAAUCGUUCAGGUGCGCCUGACCUACCCCAUGGAGACUCUGCACCGGCUGUCCUUCAGGACUCAACCAUCCGACGUCAACGGUCGGCAGAGCAGGUUGGUGCUAAACGACGUAUACUUGAGACACGCAAACACGAAUCAGCCGAGUCUGGUGACGACGAAGACGACGAGCUGGGCCAUAUGAAUGUUCGCGUCAGAAGUCCAAAGUCGCGUCCAAAGUCCACAUCUAAACUGGGUAUUGAGAUGAUGCGCACAAACAGCAGGGGUAGUGUCAUUUCUGUCGACGAUGUUGGUGUCCACGAAUCAACGCUUCCGUCGUCCCCUCCCCCGAUGAUCACCGAAGAUCAAGCUGCAGAGGAAUACGAAGGUGGUCUAGCCAUCCACGAGGCCCCGCCCACGUCACUCACUCCCCCAGAGAUCUUCCCCACCGCUCCUGGCGAUGCCGUGGCAGAAUUCGCCAUCGAGACUCCCAAAGCACCCAUUCAAGAAGAUGCAACGACACCGGAUGCCGAUCCUACGCCUCGAGCUAAUCACGAUAGAGGCGCGUAA